AUUGAAGAAGAGUCGCAUAAAAACACAUGUUGGCCAAAACAUCGUUUGAUUAAAUCACGUAUUGAAAGUUCGAAAUGAAGGUAAAAGUUAUUAGCCGAAAUCCCGACAAUUACGUGCGCGAAACCAAAAAGGACAUCCACAAGGUGUUUCGCAAUUAUGACUCGUCGCUGCACCCGUUCGAGGAGGCCCGUGAAUAUGUACGGGCACUGAACGCCACCAAGUUGGAACGCGUCUUCGCUAAACCAUUCGUCGGUAACCUGGAUGGCCACAAGGAUGGAAUUUCGGUGCUGGCAAAACAUGCCAAAUGUCUGACGAUGCUCCUGAGUGGGUCCUACGAUGGCGAGGUGAAACUAUGGGACGUCCCGAACCGGUUGUGCCGACAAACUGUGGUGUGCCACGAUGGGUACGUUCGGGGAAUAUCGUUUUCCAACGAUGGCUCCAGAUUUUUUACCAUAGGGGACGACAAAUGCAUCAAGACGUGGGACUCGAAUUUGAUCGACAGUGAUGAAGAUGACCAUGAACCGUUGAAUACUAUUCUCUGUAAGACAGUCAUCACGGCUAUUUCGCACAACUAUGAAGAACCAUUCUUUGCAACUUGCGGCGAAACGUGCCACAUUUGGGACGAAACUCGAAAUUCACCCAUUAAGACGCUGCAGUGGGGCGUGGACACGUUGUACGACAUCCGGUACAAUCCAGUCGAAACAUCGCUGAUGGCAGCCUGUUGUAGCGACCGAGGAAUAAUAUUCUACGAUCAGAGAGAAAUCAGACCUCUUAGAAAGAUAGUUAUGACCCUGCGCCCAAAUCAGCUGGCUUGGAAUCCAAUGCAGGCCUACUAUUUUACGGUGGCCAGCGAGGAUUACAAUCUGUACACAUUCGACACCCGGAAGUUGCAAAAACCUUUGAAAAUCCACGGGGGUCAUGUUUCGGCGGUGACGUGCGUGGAUUAUGCCCCAACCGGAAGAGAAUUCGUUGCCGGCAGCUACGAUAAGACCGUGCGAAUUUAUGACGCACAUAAGGCCAACAGUAGGGACGUUUAUCACACCAAACGUAUGCAACACGUAACAUGCGUCGGAUGGUCCUUGGACAACAAAUACAUCUACACCGGAUCGGACGAGAUGAACGUCCGGCUUUGGAAGGCCCGGGCUUCGGAAAAGUUGGGCGCCCUGCAGCCUCGCGAGAAGCAGGCCUUCAAGUAUCAGGACGCGCUCAAGGAAAAGUUCGCUGCCCAUCCCCAGAUACGUCGCAUCGCCCAGCAUCGUCACGUGCCCAAGAUGGUCCAUAAAGAGCGUCAGAAGCUACAAACGGUCAAGCAAAAGGUCAAACGCAAGGAGGAGAACGUACGGAAAAACUCACGCCCUGGCAAAGUCCCCUACGUGGCCGAAGGCAAAAAGAAGGUGCUUCGACAGGAGAGUUAAGUUUUCACGGUAAGCUAUUGAACGAAACCAUCAAUAAAUUUAUUGAACUAUUA